AUGCUGAUGCAGGAAGCCGAGCAAGUCGACGACGUGAGGGCGAUGAAGGUCAUGGUUGACUUGUACAACACGACGCCCGUGCAGGAUAUGAGGUCCACGCAGAACCCCCGGGCGCUCGGCGACAGCGACCGCGAGGAGCAGGCGAAGAAGUACAGCAAGAAACAAUGGGACAACUACAACUUCUGGAAAAAGAUCAUGGAGGGCGGGCACGUCGUGAAUACGAGUGGCGCGGCUGGCAAUCCCGCGGCAGGCCGGUGGGCUCGAGCCGUGGCAGCCGAUAAGAACAUGUCCAAGCAGUGCGCUGCAAAGAAGGAGGAGGGCCCAGACGCGCUGGCGGCUUUCCGCGCGGAGUGGGCCGAGAAGCAAUGGGCCAAGUAUUCGCACAUGCAGAAGAAGGAGACCAGCUUGGUGAAGAGGAAGCUAAAGAAAGCUUCAUACCUGCCGAUUGGCAGGGUCGCCUGGCUUGAAGGCGGCGGGAAGCUCGGCUGGAUCCAGGCGACUCGCUACUUCACGAAGUGCAUUCGCAUGGGGCCGCCAUGGGUGAAGUUCAACAAGAUGACGGAAGUAAUCAUGCGCUUGUACGGCGAGGAGUCGAUCGAGGAGGAGUUCGUUGAGGCGUGGAGCCAUCACCAGACGUGGUUCGACGCCGAGGUCUUGAGCGACGGCGAGGCUAAGAGGCAGGCCCAGCAGCAGAUGCAGACCGCGCAGGUGGCCGCUGAUUUCGCGGCUUCGUUCGCCGUCAACGACGUCACCGUCGCGAUGGGGGCCCCGCAGCAGCCGCAGGCAGUGCAGGCCGCAGCAGCAGGAGGCGCGAAGCCAACGACGGGCCUGCAGACGACGCUGGAGGGCCUGGAGGGGCAGGUCGCUGGCGCUGCAGCUGGCUCUUCGGGCCCCGCCCCCGCCCCAGCGGCUGCGGCGGUGGCCGCGGGCGGCGGCCAGGGGGCGGCGGCCCUGCCAGCCGCGGCGGCUUCGGCGGCAGGCGCAGAGGAGGCUGCCCCCGACGGCAAGAGGAAGGGCAUCGAGCAGCUGGAGCAGAGCCCAGGCACCAGGAGGAGGAUCUCCAGCAAGUCGGCCGACGACAAGGCCAAUGAGGGACCGGGGACGGACGGCGAGAAGCAGCUCUUCAAGGAUGCCAAGGCAGCGCUCGCCCUCUUCGGUCAGGCGACGUCGCCUGCAGCGACGCUCCAGAGCCCCAUUGAGAGGGGCGACGCCUGGAAGUGGGCGCAAGACGAUAAGCAUUUCAAGUUGCUGAAGCAGGACCGAUGGUUUGAGCCAUAA